AUGUCGUUGAUACCACUCGUCCUCCUUUUCCUCUUGCGCCUCGGAUUCGCCUCGGCUUUUUUCUCCUGGCACAGUUUCCUGUACGAAUUCGGCUUACUGGGCGCCCACCCGACUACCCCCUUCCGUUCGUUCGGUAUCGCGCCGCCAGAAGUGAACCUCUUGCGAUGGGAUCCCCGUUGCGAAGACAGUCAUGUCUUGCUCAGUCCGCGUGGCCAUUUCUAUCCCGAGCCGGGACCGCUAAUCUACGAUAACCGCGGAAACCUCGUCUGGAUCGAAAAGAAUUGGGGCAUGGUUAUGGACUUGAAUGUCCAGCGGUAUCGAGACCAGGAUUACCUAACGUUUUGGGUGGGGAAGGAUGAUGGAACGAGAGGCUUGGGGUCAUACUACAUGUUAAAUUCAUCCUAUGACGUGGCCCAUGUCGUUUCCCCUGCUAAUGGGCUCCAUGGCGAUGUUCACGAUUUCAAAAUCACCGAUGAAGGGACGGCGUUGAUGACUAUUUACGAUCUCGUGGAGACGGACCUCACCCCUUCUGGCAAAUCGGGAAAUGGCUGGAUCUAUGAGGGUAUCUUCCAGGAAGUCGAUAUCGAAACAGGCGAAUUGAUUUUCCAGUGGAGCGCUGGCGAUUAUUACAACCUGGAUGAUUCCUAUUUCGACAUUGGAGAAAAGGGUUAUGCGCCACACCAAGCCGGGGCCUACGAUUACUAUCAUAUCAAUAGUAUCGAGAAACGAGCCGAUGGAACGUAUCUCGCAUCGUCCCGCUACAUGCAUUCGGUGACUUGCAUUAGCGCAACAGGGGAGGUACUCUGGGUCCUAGGCGGCAAACGCAACAUGUUCAAGGAUCUGUCCGACGAUGGCUCAGCCACUGGAUUUACCUGGCAGCACGACGCACGCUGGCACUCGGAUCGAAUCAUCACACUCUUGGACAACGGCGCAAACGAACACGAGAAAACUGCCGACCAUACCCGCGGCCUAAUGAUUGAGCUGGAUUUCGACAACUGGACCGCCCGCACCCUGCACGUCUACCACAGCCCGGGGCAUUUUAGCAGCCACUCCCAAGGGAACUUGCAAGUUCUGCCACAAACAGGUAACGUUUUCAUCGGCUGGGGCAAACCAUCUGCAUAUACGGAGUUCAGCACCGACGGAACCGAAGUCCUCUGUGACGCCCACUACGGCCCAUCCAUGUUCUUCUGGUUCGGAUGGAUAAAGUCGUACCGUGCGCAAAAAGCCAACUGGGUUGGAAAGCCCAGCUGGCCACCAUCUUUUGCGGUAUAUGCCGAAAAGUCGUCGCACGCAGUGUAUGUCAGCUGGAAUGGCGCUACAGAAAUUGCUGGCUGGCUCUUGCAGCGGACUACCAAUCGUGCGUCGGCCGAGUUUGAAACUCUCGGCUACGAACCAAAGAAGGGAUUUGAGACGCGUCUUGAGCUGGCACCGGAUGCGCCUGUUGAUGGGUACUUCUACCGGGUUGCUGCGGUUGACUUUAAGGGGGAGGAACUGGGGUAUACCAGGGUUUUUGCCACCUCCGGUGUCACAACACCAUCCCCCACUAUCGCCGAACCAGACGGCGACGGCUUCCAUCAACUCCUCAUAGCCGCAUGUGCAGCAGGAGCGCUUCUUGCAGCUGCAUGGAAAUACAAGAGACAAGUGCUGGCGAUUUACGCACAUUGUCGACGGUUCAUAUGGGGUGUAAUGGAUCGAUAUCGGUAUCGAUCGUAUCGAUCGUAUCGGAAAUAA